AUGGCGCAAAGUGGCGUCGGAUCGUAUUCGAAUCCGUUGAAGAAGUUCAAACUCGUCUUCCUCGGUGAGCAGAGUGUCGGCAAGACGUCUCUCAUCACACGGUUUAUGUACGACUCGUUCGACACGACGUACCAGGCCACCAUCGGUAUCGACUUCCUCUCGAAAACAAUGUACCUAGAAGACCGGACGGUGCGCUUGCAGCUCUGGGACACCGCAGGCCAAGAACGAUUCCGCUCUCUAAUCCCUUCAUACAUCCGGGACUCCUCAGUGGCAGUGGUGGUCUACGACAUCUCGUCGAGGAAGACGUUUGAGCAGACGCGGAAAUGGAUCGAUGAUGUCCGCGGCGAGCGUGGCAACGACGUGAUCGUUGUGUUGGUCGGCAAUAAGACGGAUCUGGGAGACAGCAAACGAGAGGUCACGACGCAACAGGGCGAAGAGGAGGCCAAAAGAGCCGGUGCCAUCUUCAUGGAAACAAGCGCAAAACUCGGUCAUAACGUCAAAUCGCUGUUCAGGAGAAUCGCCCAAGCUUUGCCCGGUAUGGAAGCCGAGGGCGAGUCUCAGCCAAAUCCGCAAAUGAUCGACGUUUCAAUAAACAACCAAAAGCCGGCGGAAGACGGAUGCGCCUGUUGA